AUGCGAGCAGACUUCUUUUUUAUCAUGUCGGCGCUGCUGCUCGUCGGCAUCGAUGGCUCCCGCGUCGUCCGCCGCACAGCGAGCGAUGCGUUGCCUGACAGCAAGCCGUCCAAUAGGACGGGCGUUGCGCCCAACAAGUUCAUUGUGGAAGUGCAAGAGGGCGCCGACAAGCAGGCGCUGAUCCAGGACCUGGAGUCGCGCACCGGCAACAAAGUCGUCACCGUUUUUGACUCGCCAAUCUUCAACGGCUUCACGGUCGAGUCCAGCAACGAGAACGCAGACACACUCCAGGCUAUUGGCGCUGUUGCCAAGACAUGGCAUGCUGGCAUCGUCACUCUGCAACCGGUGAAGAGUGGCUUAUUAUCCAUGGCCGGUUCUUCAAGCACUUCUGCCAGCAGUGGAUCCUCAAGCGGCGCCUCAAACGGUUCCUUCGUGGUGCCCAGGGCUCCCAAGUACAGCGUGCACCAGAUGACGGGCGUGGACAAGCUGCACGAAGCCGGCAUUUAUGGGAAAGGCGCCAUAGUUGCCAUGAUCGACACGGGUGUGCAAUAUGACCACGAGGCGCUCGGUGGCUGUCUGGGCCCUGGCUGCAAAGUGGCCAAAGGCUACGACUUUGUCGGAGACAACACGUACUGGCCGUAUCCAGGCUACAACAGGACUCCUGACAACGAUCCCAACGACCAGCAGGGCCACGGCACCCAUGUGGCGGGCAUUAUUGCCGGAAACAGCAGCGUGAUUACGGGUGUUGCCCCCGAGGCCACUUUGUACUCUUACAAGGUGAUUGGCCAGGAGGGCGGCACGGAAGAAGACAUCCUGAUCCAAGCAUUCCUUAUGGCUUAUAACGAUGGGGCCGACAUUAUCACUGCCAGCGUCGGCUCCGACGGUGGAUGGAGCACCGACGCCUGGGCCAUGGUGGCCUCGCGCCUUGUAGAGGCCGGCGUCGUCGUCACCAUUGCGGCCGGCAACAGCGGCGAUACUGGGCCCUUUUACUUGAGCUCUGGCGCGUCGGGUGAAAACGUGCUUGCCAUCGCCUCCGUCGACAACACCGUCGCCGUUGCGCGGCCCUUUGGCGCCACGUUUGUCCGUGCGGACGGCCAGGCCAACACCACCGUGCUGGGCUACCGGUCCCACGACCGCCUGUUCCCGGCCGACGUGAAGGGCUGGCCUAUUGUGCCCAUUAGCUUGGACACAACAGUGACGGAUGACGCCUGCGAGCCGCUGCAGCUGCCGACCAAAAUUGGCGGGUACAGCGACCUGUCCCACGUCGUGCCUCUGGUGCGCGUCGGCGGCUGUGAGGACUACAUCAAGCUAAGGAACCUGCACAACGCCAAUGCGUCGUGGGCACUGUACUACAUGGACGACGAGCCCAUUGUCGGCUGGUCCAACGUGGGCUUUACCAACACGUCGUGGUCCCUGAUCUCCAAGAACGCCGGCCAAGGCAUGGUAGACGUCAUUGCGGCCGGCGGCAACGUCACCGUCGACUUUGCCACACACCAGAACGAGUCGCAGGUGGCCAUGGAGGACUUUGGCGGCGGGCUGCCGUCUUCAUUCACCUCGUGGGGCGCCACGUUCGACCUGACCCUCAAGCCCGACAUUGCCGCGCCCGGCGGCCAUAUCCUGUCGUCGUACAUCAGCGAUCCCGGCGUGCCCGCAAACGUCUACCAUGAGCUCAGCGGCACCAGCAUGGCCACUCCCUACGUGGCCGGCGUGGCCGCCCUCUACAUUGGCCAGCAUGGCAGUCUGCGUGGCACCAAAGGUGCCCUCAAUCUGCACGCACGCAUCAUCAGCUCUGGCCGUGCUUUGCCCUGGGCCGACGGCACCGGCCGCGACUUUGGCCACCUGGCUCCGCCUUUGCAGGUCGGCGGUGGCCUGCUGGAUGCCGUGGCCGUGCUAGACUACCACACACAGAUCUCGUCCUCAUCGUCCCAGAUGAAGCCCAAGAUCUCGCUCAACGACACCCACCACUUCUCGCGCUACCACGAUAUCGACAUUGUCAAUACCGGGCCGACCGAUCUCGAGUACACCUUUGACCUCGAGGAAGCCGGCGGAUUCGAGUCGUACUGGACGGCCGAGGCCGCCGACCAAAACAUUACGGAUGUGCCGCGGAUCAAGGAUCUGUCCGAAAUUGAGCCCUUUAACAUUUCGACGCCCGUAACGCUGCCGCAGGGGAGCUUUGUCGUUCCGGCCGGGCAGACCAAGAAAGCACACUUGUCUUUUGAUAUCCCAGACGGACUGAACGCGACGAGAAUGCCAGUCUGGAGCGGCAAGGUGGUCAUCAAGGCGAGCAACGGGGAGCAGCUCUCGGUGCCCUAUUUCGGAGUCGGCGCGAGCAUCGAGCACAUUUUUGGGGACGUCUGGUACUCAGAGGCUGGGUUUCCAUAUUCGAUGUCGGGCCUGAAUAAAACGCGUAUCGAGGAGAAAUCAACAUACACUUUCAACCUCUCGCUUCAGGCCCAGGACUUUCCUAAGAUUCGCUGGGUCCAGCAAUGGGCAUCGACCGAACUUCGUUGGGAUAUCUUUGAUGCCUCAUACAACGAACGCCAAUGGAACUACCCGCCCGUCGUCGGCCAGGGUCACUUCGUCGGCUCCGUCACCAGCUUCGACUGGCAGCAGAGCACCAACUACCCGAACUUCGACCCGGCAACCGACAACCCCAACAACACCGUGGCCUAUCCUAUGCACGAAGUGCUCCGGGACGAUGUGUAUGAGGCUUGGUGGCUAGGCCAGCUGGCCAACGGCUCGACCAUUACGCCGGGCACGUACAAGAUGCGCUUUGCGGUGUUGAAGCCGUUUGGCGACCCGACGCACUCGGACAAUUGGAGCAUCUGGAAGACGCCGGACAUCACCGUUGAGUAA